AUGGAUUCAUUUGCUAUGUUGAACGAGGAAGUGUUCAAGCAUCUAUGCAGCUUGGCUAUCGACAAGGUGAGCGACAAGGCAGAAAAGAGAAAGGCUGGUUGUGGCGGUGUGGCAAUGAGGAAAAGGCUUCUUAUCAAAAACUUUGUUAAUGACCUGUGUCGGAAGAAGGCUGAGGAUGAGGAACAGGAGGACAGAGGCUGCACAAUUCAGGGAUAUGACAAUGCAUAUGAUCAGAAUGGUGAGUUUGAAGACGACACGGAUUCGUCUGCUCGGGAAGUACCGAAUGCCAAUAUGGAUGAAAUCCUGGGAGAAGGUGAUAGCAUACCCAGUGACGAUGACGACACGAUUCCCGCUCACGAUAUUUGGUUGGAUUCCGCAGCGAUGCCCGACAAUACUGCACUUACAGAUACUCUGAUGUAUGAUACUGUGCAUUCAGGUCGCGAAGGAGCAAUCGGACGUCUGGAUGAUAAGUCAAGCGAGUCCCGGCUCACUCUUUAUUCCUUGUAUUCGUCUGUUUCCGAAUCUGCGGAUAGAGGGGAGGAGUCUCUUUCAGCAUGCGAUCCGCAGGAGUCGUUACUGCCUAAUUGUUUGUACGAUUGCGUACAGUCGCCGACGUUUGAUGCUUCGUCUAUGACGUCGCUGUCUACAAUCAACAAUCUGUCAUCGAUGUGUGAUAUGAAUAAUUCGUCAACCAUACAACCUGUUUUGGCCGAAGAAAGCGAUCAGAUAUUUCUUUCUCUUGGCAAUCACAAAUACUCUGAUCUCAAGACAUAUAACCCUGAGUUUCCGCCUUCGUCCACUUCUCUACUGCCGACUAGUAUAAGUAAUCAAUCUCGCAUCAGCUGUUCUGUGGCAACAAAGCGUCGGAGUGAUGAGAUGCUACUCUACGACUCCAUCAACGCUGGGAUUGCCUACCAGAAGAAAAUCAAACUCUGA